AUAUGUUUGUUAACCGUUCCACCAAAGAGUAUCCAAUGCAAUAGGAGUAGUUGAGAUGCUAUUGCUGAAGUAUUUAUGCUGCAACUUAGCUUCUGUUUUGUCGGCACAUUAGCUGGGUGUUAGUCAAAGAUGUAGGGUAUAUCUCGAAUUAAUACUUUUUUAGUCACGUUUAGUACCGAACGCCAUGAAUCUUUUAAGACUUAGCCAAUUCGUCUUCCAUCUCCUCAGCUUUCCAAGUUCUUCGCUUUCCUUUGCACCAUUCCGUAUUCAAAGAUCCACUGCCCUUUCUCUUUAACUGACGGGAAGACACAAGGAAGCCAUCUUGACAGCUCUAAGAUCGGACCUGCUGGCUGCUGCUGUGAUUUUUGGAUGGACCAGAUGUAGGGAUCUCCAAAGAAGCAAUCAGCCCUCUUGAUUUACGCUGCCUCUUGCCACGGUGUGCACUGUGCAGUUGCAGAGUAGAGCAUGGCAUUCAGUCACCUCCUCCACGCCCUCCUCGUGGCCGCGGCGUUGCCGCUGCUCCUUCUCCCCCGUGCUGCAGAUGCUGGCGAGAUCGGGGUGUGCUACGGGAGGGACGCGAACAACCUGAUCGACCCACCGGCGGCGGUGAGCCUUCUGAAGGCGAACGGCAUCUCCGCGGUGAGGAUCUUCGACGCGGACCAGACGGUGCUGGACGCGAUGGCGAACACCGGCAUCAAGGUGAUGGUGGCGAUACCCAACGCCGAUCUGGCCGCCGCCGGCCAGGAUCUGCGCAGCGCGACCGACUGGGUGACGAACAACGUGGUGCCGUAUCGCAGCCGGGGCACGCUGAUCAACGGCGUCGCCGUCGGGAACGAGGUGUUCAGGCAGAGACCCGAACUGACCGGGAUGCUCGUCUCGGCCAUGCGAAACUUGCACAAGGCGCUGGAGAACCUGAACCUGGCGAACGACGUAAAGGUGUCCACGCCGAUCGCCUUCGAUGCGCUCAAGCAGUCGUCCCCUCCAUCUGCGGGGGAGUUUAAAGAUGAGAUCGCGCAAUCGGUGAUGAAGCCCAUGAUUGACUUCUUGAAACAGACCGGCUCGUACUUCAUGGUCAAUCUCUACCCGUACUUCGCAUACGUGGCUCAGCCUGACAAAAUCUCUCUGGAGUUCGCGACGUUCCGCCCUAACGCUGGUGUGCUUGAUGGCAAUACCGGCAUCAGGUACUUCAGCCUCUUUGAUGCUCAGCUCGACGCUGUUUAUGCUGCGAUAAACAGGGUUUCUGGUGGUAGCUUAACGGUCUCAAUGGCUCGACGAGAUGGAAUCCUUAGUGUGCAAGCUUCAGAAUCAGGGCACCCCUCUGGAGGUACAUUUCCCCUAUUUUCCAUGCUAGCUGCAGCCGAUACGGACUCGAUAGCCACGAUAGCCGAUGCCCAAGCGUACAACAAUGGGCUUAUCAGACGUGUAGUAUCCGGAGCCUCCGGUAUGCGUGACGUCUCCGCCUACAUCUUCUCUCUUUUCAAUGAAAACGAGAAGCCUGGGCCAGCCAUAGAGAGAAACUUUGGCUUGUUCUACCCAAAUGGUCAGAAGGUGUAUGAGGUUGACUUUAGGGGCGGUGGCGGUGGCGGAGCUUGCCCCACAAAGACAAGUUGGUGUGUGGCAAGAACAGAUGUUGGGAGUGCAGCAUUGCAGUCAGCAUUGGACUUUGCGUGCGGUAACGGCGCGGACUGCAGCGCUAUCCGGCAGGGCAGUGUGUGUUUCGAACCAAACACCUUGGUUGCACACGCGUCGUACGCAUUCAACGACUACUACCAACGCAAGGGCCAGGCCAGCGGCACUUGCAACUUCUCUGGCGCCGCUUCCAUCGUAUUCAAGCCAUCGCCAAGCAUAUGUGAUCCGAACCCAAGUUGGUGCGUUGCGAAAUCGGAGGUCGGGGACGCACAACUACAAAAUGCACUAGACUAUGCAUGUGGUAGCUGCGCGGACUGCAGCGCCAUUCAACCAGGUGCACGGUGCUUUGAUCCUGACACUAAGGUAGCACACGCGACCUAUGCAUUCAACGAUUUUUACCAGACCACCGGCCGGGCUAGUGGAUCGUGUGACUUUGCCGGUGCUGCUUCUAUUGUCAACCAGCAACCAAAAAUAGGAAACUGCGUGCUCCCACCAAACAAUGCUGGGACAGAACAAACUGCAAUUGAAGAUCAAUCGACUGCAAACUUACCAGCAACAGCUUGGCAGUGAGGAUGGAUUAAAGAAUCACUUCAUAUUUUUCUGCAGAGAAAAAAAUAAUGGUACCAUUAAUAAUUAGUUGGGAUUGAAGAGACGAAUAAAUGUACCGUUCACUCCUGUUGAAUGAAACCCUGCUGUUAGUAUUCAAAUGA